AUGCCGUUAAGCAAAAAAUUGCCCGUAAAAACCUUUAAGCUUACUUUUAAAUCGCCGCUUACCAUUUUUAUCGCCGAUUUAAAUUUUUUUUCGAAAACAUUUUACAAAAUUUUAAAGCAUCUUACUUUUAAAUCCUUUUCCUGCAUUACCAACCGAAUUUAA